AGAAACUUUCACAAGCGAUUAAAACAAGUCCUACCACAGUACGUGGUACAAGAAUUAGAAAAAGAAAUCCCUACAUGUGUAGAGGAUGAAGAUUUUUUUAAGGAUAUACAAGAUGUAUACGAUCAAUUAUAUGUACAAUUCCUUAAACAACAAGAGAAUGUGUUCUCCUUGAAUGGUUGGGUUAACUUAAGUGAAGAAGAGACAAGAGCACCUCAAGUGCACUUAGUCAAGUCCAAUGCCCAAAUAUGUGGCCUAGAGGAUGAGAACAAGUCUCUCCUUGAUAGAGUGAACUUUCUUGAGAAAGAAUGUCAUGAGCUUCUCAAGUCAAAGAAGAAUCUUGAGUCAAAAUAUGCUAAACUUGAUAAAGAUUUUCAAGAAUCAAAUAAACCCUCUAAGAGACUUCCCCAAUGCGAUGAAAAGUUUGAUAGAAUGUUAUCUAUAGGACAAAGUGUAGGUGAUAAACGUGGUUUAGGAUACACAAAUGAAUACACCAACAUUUCUUCCAAGACCGUAUUUGUAAAGGGUAUCACCAACCCAUCACCCCCACAAGGAAGCACAAGUCCUAAAAUGACUAGCAAUGGUAAGGGUAGGAACUCAAAGAAGAAAGUUUUAAAUGAGACCCAAAACAAUUGUGUUGUGGGUUAUACUUGUGGAGAACAUGGUCAUUAUAUUACGUUGCAUGAAAAAUAA